AUGAAUAGAGGAGGAGAUAUGUUAAUGAGUAUUGGAUUCUUUUCUAUAUUUGCAUUAUUUGGUUCUUUAAAUUAUAAUCAAAUAUUUACUUUAGUACCUUAUAUGAAUGAAACUGCUAUUACUAUUAUUUCUUUAUUAUUAUUAGGUGGUGCUUUAGCUAAAAGUGCUAAUAUACCAUUACAUUCUUGGUUACCAGGAAGUAUGGAAGCUCCAACACCAGUAAGUGCAUUAUUACAUGCAGCUACACUAGUAACAGCUGGAAUAUAUUUAUUAUUAAGAAGUUCUCCAAUAUUAGAAUAUAGUCCAACAUCAUUAUUAAUAAUAACUAUAAUAGGAAGUAGUACAGCUUUUUUUGCAGCAAGUUGUGGAUUAUUACAGAAUGAUUUAAAAAGAAUAAUUGCUUUUAGUACAAUAUCACAAUUAGGAUAUAUGAUGAUGGCUAUUGGAUUAAGUCAAUAUAAUAUUGCUUUAAUGCAUACUGUAAAUCAUGCUUUCUUUAAAGCUUUAUUAUUUUUAGGUGCAGGUGCUGUAAUACAUGCUUUUGCUGAUGAACAAGAUGUAAGAAAAAUGGGAGGAUUAAUUAAAUUUUUACCUGUUACUUAUUCUGUUAUGUUAGUUGGUACUUUAAGUUUAUUAGCUACUCCUUAUUUAACUGGUUUCUAUAGUAAAGAUUUAAUUUUAGAAUUAGCUUUUGGUCAAUAUAGUUUUAUUGGUAUGUAUGCUUAUAUUUUAGGAACUAUAACAGCAGGUAUAACUGCUUUCUAUAGUUUUAGAUUAAUUAGUUUAGUUUUCUUAACUUAUCCUAAUGGACCUAAAGAAUCUUAUAUAAAUUGUCAUGAAGCUAAUAUAGCUACUAUAAUUCCUUUAUUUAUAUUAGCUAUUUUUAGUAUUUUCUUUGGAUUUGUUCUUUCGGAUGUUUACGUAGGAGUAGGUUCUGAUUUCUUUAAAAAUUCUCUUUUUAUUCAUCCUAAUAAUAUAGCUUUAAUUGAAGCAGAAUUCUCUUUAAAUCCUUUAAUUAAAUUAUUACCUGCUUUUAUCAGUUUAUUUGGAGCAUUUACUGCAAUAUUUAUAUAUAAUAUUUUCCCUAAUCCAAUGAAUCAAUUAUUAUUUAAUAUAACAACUAUUAGCGAAGCAAGUAAUUAUUUUGCCUUUAUUAAAAAAGUUUAUUCUUUCUUUAAUAGUAAAUAUUACUUUGAUGUUUUAUAUAACCAUUUCUUUGUUAAUAAAGGUUUACAACUAGGUUAUAAAAUAUCUAAAGAAAUUGAUAGAGGAAGUAUUGAAUUAUUUGGUCCUUUUGGAUUAUCUAAUAAUUUCUAUAAUGCAGGUAAAAAUAUUGCUAAAUUAGAUACUGGUAUUAUUACAACUUAUUCUUUAUAUAUUACUAUUGGUUUAUUAUCUUUAAUUUUAUUAGUAUUUACUCCUAUGUUGAUGGAUAGUACUGUAUUUAUUGAAAUGAGAUUAUUUAUUAUUUAUUUAGUUUCUUCUAUGGUUAUUUUAUUUGCUUAA